UCUUUCUUUCUUUUUUUCUCCUUCUCCUUUCUUUUACAAACAGCUAUGAGACUUUCCUUAACUUCUUCAGCUAUUGUUGUUUUUUUGCUAUUACAGCUAGUAUCAUCUCAAAAAGCAAGCGGUGAUGCUUCUAUUGGCGCUGCGCAAGUUACUCAACAGCAGCAGCCCCAGCCAACGUCCGAUACUCCUCCUCAGAGUACGCCUCAGGCUACGACGACGAAGGAUAAUCCAACGACGACUAAUCCUCCUACGUCAGCAAAUACGCCCGAUAAUACCACACCUAAUACGACAAACAAUCCUCCUACAACAACAGCGAAUCCCACAACAACACAAGAUCCUUCUCCGACAGCUACUACAACGACAGCCGAUCAAGCAUCCACGACGACGACAAGAAGAACUAGAGGAUCUACAACAAAUAACCAAUCAACAACCGGGAACACGGAUGAUCCUACACCCACUAGCUCCAAUUCACCCACUUCCUCUACUAGUGCUACAUCUUCUCCAGGUACAGGUGAGCCGUCGAAUUCAUCAAACAAAACGGCAACUAUUGCUGGUUCAGUAGUGGGCGGUCUAGUUGGCAUUGCUGUUAUUGCUGGUGCCUUAACAUGGUUGAACCGUCACGGUGGUUGUGCCAGUCGUACUCGCCGUCGAGGAGCCAAUUCUCAUGAUGAUUUCGGAAACAACACUGAUGACAUGAAAAUGUCGGAAAAUCCUGCUGGAAACAGCGCACCCGAGCAUGGUGCACCAGCAUCACCUUUCCAACACGCACGUCGAUUUGUUCCUCCCAAUACAGGUUAUAUGAAUCUGACAGACGAAGAGUAUGGAUAUCAGCAAAACAACUAUCCUCAGGAAUAUCAUCAAGAACAUUAUUCUCCUAACGAACCUAUCUAUGAGUAUAAUGCAAACAGUAGUGCAUAUCAACAGUCUCAUCAAUAUCAGGACUAUGGAUACCAACAACCACAGCAACCACAACCACAGCAUUACUACCAACCAACUUCCAAUAUAACAUCUCCUACGCUAACCAAUGCAAACGCACCUUUAAAACCUGAUCAGAUUGAGCAAAAGCCAAACGCUCUCUAAUUCACUCAUACUAUGUACACAUUACAUGUAGACUUUAUUUCCAUUUUUUUAAUAGUAUUACUACUACUACUACCACUACUACUA